AUGACUGUGGAGGAGGCGGCAGAAGCCACUGCGCGGCGGCAACAUGCGCAGGAAAGCGAGGUGACGCAGAAGGUCUUGCGCCUGGUGCUGACCCGCCUCGCAGAGGAUCAGGACUGGGGCGUGCGGAAGGUGGCGCUGAGUGCGGCGGCCGAGAUGGCCGGGCGAGGUGAGCCGGAGACCUUGAAGGCUAUCGAGCCCUACCUCUGCGACGGCGACGACGAUGUCCGCGCCGCGGCGGCGAGCGCGGCGGGGCGCUUGGCGCCACGCGGGGAGGAGGUGUGGCUCAGCAAGCUUUUCAAGCUGCUCGAUGACGAUGAUGAGGCUGUCCGGCAGGCGGCCGUGGUGGCAGUGGGCCGUUUGGCUCCGGGCUCGGCGAGCCACGGGAAGGCUGUCCAAAGACUGAGGGAGCUGGCGGAGGAGGAAGAAGAUGACAAAGUGCGUCGUGCCGUGGUGUCCACCUUGCAUGCUUUGCGUGGAUGA